UGCACACAUUAGUGGGAGCGUUCACUGCUUAGAAACCUCAUCUGCACACAGGACCUUGAACAAACUCCAGUUUUAUCAAGCUCUUUGAUCAACCAUGAAACUCUUUGUAAUUGUUCCACUGUGGGCUCUGUUCUCCUUAGCCCAGCAGGCGGCUCCAGGUAAAAGCUGCACAUGUGAGCUGAAUCCAGCAGAAAAGGCUUUUCCUCACGACAAACUCCAAACAGCGGAAAGCAAUGCGACAGACUGCAWCACUCGCAUMACACCACAGAAGGCUCUGGAGCUGGAGAGUCUGCUGCUGGGACUGGAGAAGCGCCUGAYCCAGCUGCACAGUGACGUGUCCGUCCUGGAGGAGGAGGACGACGGCGAGCUGUACGGCGUUCUCAGYCUGUUCGUCAUAGAGAACGAAAUGGUCGAGAUCAGGCAGCUGAUGGAGAAGCUCAACAGCACCACUGUGGARCACCAAGUCCUCACCGAUGACACCGCUCGACAGCUUGAGGAGUUGAAAACUGAAAUGAUAAAACUGGAGAAAUUUGACACCAUGGAGGUGGUGAAGGGACGACAAGUCAACAAGCAGCUAAAGAGCGCCCUGGAAGCAUGCAGGAUUGGAGUUAAUGCCACUGUCGCACCCACCCAGCCACCAUAUGGUAACUCCCUCAAACAUAAAGAUCCCAAUGACCUUAAACUCAAAUACUUUAAUGUCCCACGUCUCAGCAGGUGCUGUAUUGGUUUUGGGCACAGCUGGUACAAGAGGGAACAAGGUAGGGAGUCCCCUUUGGUGGUGUGCUGCUUGUGUGAGAGCUUGGACCAUGCCCGGAGUGGGCCUAGCUCACCCGGUGUCCUUCUCUGCCCUGGUCCUUCCGCUUUACAGCUGCUGUGGUGGACCAGUGCCACCUUGGUGUGUUGGAGGUUCUGGGGUAGAGAGGGUCUCCCCUGCUUAGUGCUGGGUGCCUUUGCUGCUGGGGGUUUGUUGGAACUUGGGGCCACCAGAGAGACUGGCUUUGACCUGCCUCUCUGCGAGAUGGUGGUGUGGAUAGGUUUACCUGAUUGUGCAUGUUUUCUACCAGGCAACAUUCAGAUCGCUUCCGCUAACCCAACCACCAACACCAUUCAGGGUCCCAAUAAUGUUUUGUAUGGAAGUGCCUUGUACUACAACUGUUACAACCGAGAUGCUGUUUGUCGAUUCAACCUCACCAGCAAAAGUGUGACCAGCGUACAACUACCAARAGGAACCAGGUAUAACUCGARGWGUAAUUUCUGCCACCUUGAAGACUGCUACGCCUUCACUGACCUGGACCUGGCCACUGAUGAGUCAGGCGUUUGGGUCGUCUACACCACCACCGAGGCAUUAGGCAAUCUGGUUCUGACCAAGGUGGAGGAAACUGAGCCGCCGACGCUCGGUAAAACAUGGUACACUUCAGUCUACAAGCGAAGUGUGACCAACACCUUCAUGGCCUGCGGCAUCCUCUWCGCAACACGUUACGUCGACGCAAAUGUGGAAGAGGUGUUUUAUUCCUUUGACACCACGACGGGGAUGGAGAACUUCAAAGUUAGCAUCUCCAUAAACAAGGUGUCCCCUAACAUUUUCUCCUUGAACUACAACCCAGUGGACAAGAUGCUGUACAUGUACAGUAAUGCUAAAAUGGUCUCCUACAAGGCUUUGUUUGGGUACUCUGAUCGUUAUUUUUCAUAGGAGUGACAUUUGACAUGAUAGUAUUGUCAUGGUGUUAUAUUAACAUUGUCCUUUGUCUUAUUUAGUCAGAUGCAACAAGAUUCCUAUGAAAGACAUCAUAUUCUCAAAACGUUUCUGCAUGGCUUUAGUGUUACUGUUGCAGCCACGCUGUCGUUGAAGUAGAAGUUGAUUGUAAAAAGGCACAUUCACCUUUGGUUAGUUAGAUAAUCAACUCCAGUUAAAAAAUAAACUUACUCAGCUUGCUCAAAUGCACACUGGAUUGUGAUGAAUAUGGGAAAUCCUUUUAUUAAGUUUAUAAGAKAAUUUUUGAAACAACAGGAAGCCAUAAUGUCUSCUAUUACUUCCUAUUAGUACAGUAGACGCCUUAUAGUAGCGGUGAUUAGGAACCAAAACCUAACUUUAAAAUUAUUUUAACUGCUUAUUUUAGUAGUUUAAUCACCAAAUAUACCUAGAUAUGCAGUAAUACAUACAGUGGAAACCAAAGAAAGACGGGCUGAGUUUCAGGGUUAAGAAAAUUUGCAAUAAUCACAAUUAUGGCUAAAAAUGAAGAGAAAAAUACAGUUUGGCUAUGAGAGUAUGGUAUUUUCUAUUUACAAAUCUAAAGAAUCACAUCAUUUUAACUCUCUUUAAUCAUAACUCUCUYUAAUGGUGUAUGUGGGGAGUGGUGUUUAUAUUGUGUGAAAUUUCUCAAGUUGUUUUUCUGCUCCAGUGAUAAAUUAGAUUUUCUAGCUGUUUGUUUAGUGAUCAUUCAAAAACGUUAUGACUAAUUUUCCAUACUAAAUUUUGUACCUCCUUAAAGAUGGAGUAGGUAACUUUUAUAAAACGUGUAAAAUUGUCAUGUUAUGACAGUAUAUAUGAUGGAUAUGUGAAAAAAAACAAUUAUGAUUGAUGGUGAGAAUAAAACUUUAAAAUGUAUUUUGUUGUAAACAAGAUUCAAGAGAGUAAAUGUGAUAUGAUUCAAAACAAUUUGGUGAAAUCUAAAAUGUAUGAUGCUACUGAUUUCACAAUUCUUUAAUGAAAUAAAAARAUAUUGUUAAUCAAGUUUA